AUGAGUAAUAGAUAUAAUCAUGACGAGUACAGCUUGAGAAGAAGCAUCAGUAACACUUUGCGUAAAUCAAGUUUAUUAAAAAAUGGGAUAAAUAAUAAUCAAAAUGUUCCUUUAAAAAAAUUUGUUCCUAAUAUAGAUAAUUUAAAAAAUGAAAAUAAACCAAAGAACGAAGAAACAGAUAAAUUAGCAAGUUUAGAUAAUAAGAAUAUUCAAGAAUUAAUAAAAAAAACUAUUAGCAUAGAUUUACAAAAAGAAACAAAAAAUGAAAAUUUUAAAAAUAAAACUAAUAAGGUAUUUUCUUCUCAAAGUCUUGAUGUUUCUUUAAAUAACCAAAUUAAUUUGUUAAACUUAGAAAAUAAAAAAGAAAAUAAUGAAAAUACAGAAAAAAAAAAAAAAACAUCUAUUGAUAUAUAUGAAUUAAAUAAUAUAAGUAAAAAUAUUUUCUAUAAUAAAAAAUGUGCUUCCCCAAAUGCUCACUUUUUGCCAUUAACUUUGCCAUUUUUUAAUAAUAAUGAAAAACAAAAAAAAAUAAGGAAAAUGCUUUUAAAUAAGGAAUCAUUUUUUUUUUAUAUUCAGUUACCAAAUAUGUUGCCUGCUCUUAUACAAAAAGAAGAAAGUGAAGAAGAAAAAAAAGAAGAAAAAAAAGAAGAAAAAAAAGAAGAUAUAAAUGAAAGUAAACAUAAAAAUGAAAAAAAAAAAGAAGAAAUAAAUGAUAGUAAACAAAAAAAUGAAAAAAAAAAAUUUAACAUAUCGAAAAAAGAUUCAUAUGAGCUUAGCAAUAUAAGCACAUUACCUAAUGGAAAAUUUGCAAAAUUAAUAAUUUAUAAAAACAAAAAAAUAAAGAUGAAAAUUAAUGACAUAUUAUUUGAUGUCAAUGAAGGAUCAGCAUGUACUUUUUCUCAAGAAAUUGGAUGUUAUAUAAAAGAAAAUUCCGAAUUUAUAUUUUUAGGAAAUUGCGAUCAUAAAAUAGUUGUAACUCCUAAUAUAGAAAGAAUUAUACAUAAAAAGUAA